UGAUGGUGUUGACUUUGGGCUGGACCUUAUGACUUGAUGCCUUACCAGGACCCAUUAUGUAUCUGUUCCCACUGUUCCAUUCUGUGUCACUGCUUCCCCAAGCAAUAGUUUGUUCCAUUCUUCAUAUGACAGGUGUGUUGGGUGACACCUUUAUCAGGACUCACAAUAUUACAGCUGCCGAGGGAAGCGAUGUCACGUUGAGAUGUGAACUGUCUUUGUUUCACGGCAAAAUCACACAAGUGAACUGGAUGAAGUGCAAUCACACCUACCUUGCUUUUUAUCUAAACAAGUCCAAAACAGCAGGACAGGUAGCUCAAGGCUUCUUACAAAAGGUGACCUUGGAAGAUAAAUACGGAAUAACAAUAUUGUCUGUGAACAGUAAUGAUACUGGGCAAUACUGCUGCAUCUACAACACAUUUCCAAAGGGCAAGAUGGAAGGCAAGAUAUUCCUUGUAGUCACAGCGACAGACUUCUGGUGGAAUUCAGGCCUUUACAUCUGUAUAUUGCCUGCUGCACUCCUGGUUAUCGGAACUGUUGGGUUCUUCUGCUCCAAGAAGAAAACAAGACUGAAAUCUGUCAAACAAAGCUCAAGUCCAUCUCUAGCAAGAUCAGCAGACCGUAUACAGCAGAGCCUGGCUACUGUCACUGUCACACAUGAAGAGGACAAUGAUGGCCCAGAAUACUUUAACAUCUGGCUAUACCAGAAACCCUAGCAGCAAUUAUAUGGCAACUGGAUGGUGUGGAUGCACACCUAUAUGUGCUAAUAUUUCAUCAUUACACCAUCUAUGACGAUGCAAGUGUCAUGUGUCACCUGAGGAACUUUUAUUUACAAUGUUUAUUGUCUUUUCUUUGUUGGGUCACAGCACCUGGCACUGAUGGUAUUACUAAACCAUUAAUACUGCUGGAUUACUAUUUUCACAGACCAGUAUUUAAUAAAAUGAUUGCUAAAUAA